UUUCCUUUCUGCUUCGCACUUUCAACGUGUACGCAUCGUUAUAAUCCGUUACAAAGAUGAACGAGACUCUUCAAUUGAAAGGAACCCUCCUCGGUCAUAAUGGAUGGGUUACGCAAAUUGCAACUAAUCCCAAAUACCCCGACAUGAUUUUAUCCGCCUCCAGAGAUAAAACCUUAAUCGUUUGGAAACUGACGAGGGAUGAGUCCCAAUACGGAGUUCCCGAAAAACGUCUUUAUGGCCAUUCCCAUUUCAUCUCUGAUGUUGUGUUAUCGAGCGAUGGAAAUUAUGCUUUAUCUGGGUCUUGGGAUAAAACCCUCCGGUUGUGGGAUUUGGCAGCGGGGAAAACAACGCGUCGUUUUGAAGAUCACACCAAGGAUGUAUUGAGUGUGGCUUUCUCUGUUGAUAAUCGCCAAAUCGUUUCUGGAUCACGAGACAAGACAAUUAAACUUUGGAACACUUUGGCUGAGUGUAAAUAUACGAUUCAAGAUGAAGGACACACCGAUUGGGUUUCUUGCGUUCGUUUCUCCCCGAAUCACUCCAACCCAAUUAUUGUCUCUGCUGGUUGGGAUCGGAUGGUUAAAGUGUGGAAUUUAACCAAUUGCCGGCUAAAAAUUAAUCACUCUGGACACACUGGUUACUUAAACACGGUCACUGUUUCCCCCGAUGGAUCUUUAUGCGCCAGUGGUGGCAAAGAUUGCAAAGCAAUGCUUUGGGAUCUUAAUGAUGGAAAACAUUUACACACUUUAGAUCAUAACGAUAUCAUCACAGCAUUGUGUUUCUCACCAAAUAGAUAUUGGUUAUGUGCUGCUUUUGGGCCAUCUAUUCGAAUUUGGGACUUGGAAAGUAAAGAAAUGGUUGAAGAACUUAAACCGGAAGUUGUCUCACAAUUGAAAGCAGAACCACCACAGUGCUUAUCACUGGCUUGGUCUACCGAUGGACAAACUUUGUUUGCUGGAUAUUCUGAUAAUACCAUCCGAGUAUGGCAAGUCAGUAUAUCAGCCCGUUAAAAAAAUAUUUUAUAUUUUGACUUAUAUUUAAUAUAAGAAAUUAAAAUCAAUAAAGGGUUUAACCUUAA